GGCGGCUCAGUAGUGGAGAGUCGCGCGAGCGGAGCACACGCGUGCAGCCUCCGCGUCGUGACGCACGCGACGUCGUCAUACCUGUCAGACGCGCAACUUGCGCUCCGUCAUACGCGCAAAAAAUACGACGCUCAAUUAGGAAAUCGACAGUGACGCAAAUCGCGGGGAAAUAUAAAUCGAAAAGCCCGCGCACAGCUGAUAUCGACAGAGCCUGCGUCGACGCAGCUCCGCCUCACAUCCGUGCCGGUAUGGUUUCGCUUUUCGACGAUUCGCGGUAAAACUAACCAAGUGAGUCAUUUAAAAUGACGAAAGUUAAGUUGAAACAGAAGUCUCCAAGGCCCGUUCCCACUGCUGUGAGUUCAACGUGAGUUGAGGAAACAAACUACAUAAAUUUCUGUUUACACGCGCCGCGACGUACGCGCGCACGGUUAUUUUAUAACAAAAUACUCUAUAAACGACUGAUUAAUUUAGUACAAUUGUAAACAUCCAAAGAUCUCAACGACUACUUACAUAUAACGUCAGUCGCAUCGUAAGACUGUACAAGUGUGAACAAUAAAUAAGUGAUAAUUCAUCGAACAAUAAGGGGAAAUUUUGUUGGCGCGUCGCCAAGGACAUUUGAAGAGAAACAUUUGAAUAAAGACAAUUACUCAUCAUCGCUAAAAACGAGGAGAAAGCUUAUUCAGAAAACGCCUGCUUAGCCAAACGUGUUGAUCGAGGACAUUUCUCAAGAAUUGUACGAUAGCCAGGCAAACAGGCCCUUGAGUAAUAUUAAGAUCUAGGACUACUAGGAUACUAACCACGGACAUAUUAGAUUGGAUCAUAUACAUUGACGAGCACGCAAAGAUCAACAAGCUAAGCUGCUUAGCAAGGUGUAAUGGUGUGAAGGAUGCACCUUCCAUACGAGUCGAGGGGCCGACGGCGCCGCGAGAUGGCCGAGCUGGAGCCGUGGUGGCUGCAGUCCAUCGUGGACGAGACCCUCGUCGAGCACCCGGACUUAGUUCGUACUGGGAGCCCUGACUACAUGUGUUCAAUGCUGCCGCAGCAUUGGCGCUCCAACAAGACGCUGCCCGGCGGCUUCAAAGUGGUAGCUCUAGGAGAAGUGGUGGACGGCACGCUGGUUACCGUCCGUGCAGGCAACGACGAGAACAUAACCGCUGAACUAAGGAACAACACAGCCGUUAUGAAGAAUAGAGUAGCCAAAUUCAAUGAUUUGAGGUUCGUCGGGAGAAGUGGGAGAGGUAAAAGUUUUUCUUUGACAAUCACGGUGUCAACGUCCCCUCCUCAAGUGGCAACGUAUCAGAAGGCAAUCAAAGUGACAGUGGACGGACCCAGAGAGCCGCGCUCCAAAACAAGUACAAAUGUAUCAACGCACAGAACGCUGGACUUCCACCGGCAGUUCAUCUCGUGUCCGCCACUGCCUCUUCGCGAGGAGUACAAGAACCCAACUUCGAGAAGUCUAAGGACGCUGUCACACGAGGAACGGGAGUACAAAACAAACGCCACCAUACCUAGUGGAGGAUACUAUUAA